AUGAUCAAAAUUCCACGGUGGACUGGUCAAGGUCCACAAACUCUCGCGCUAGAGAUACACGGUUUCGCUGACGCGUCAAAUCGAGCUUAUGCCGCCGUCGUAUAUCUUCGCGUCUAUCAUUCGCUUUCAGACUUCGCAAAAAAUUUAAUCGCAGCAAAAACAAAGGUCGCGCCCGUGAAAACCUUAGUUGGAACUCCGAUCCAUUGUUGGACGGAUUCCACGAUAGCUCUGGCGUGGUUGCGCCAGCACCCAUCAAAGUGGAACACAUACGUGGCCAACCGCGUGGCUGAAAUACAGAACAAUUUGCCAUCUACUCGGUGGAGUCACGUACCAUCGGCAGAGAACCCGGCGGAUUGUGCGUCGCGCGGGCUAUCCGCGUCUGAGUUAGUGUCGCAUUCGCUAUGGUGGACGGGACCACCAUGGCUUCGGCAACCUUCAACGGCUUGGCCGAUUCAUGAUAUGACGAAUACUAGACCCACUAAUGAACUACAGCAAGUUUCAGCUGAACUGCGAAAAACCAAAGUUCUUCACAUUGAAGGUGAAGAAGAGUGGGAUCUACUUUACAAAUUUUCAAGUUGGACGAAGCUCGUCCGAGUGACGGCUUACGUCCACAGGUUUCUCGCCUUACUGCGGAAGGAAAAGCGGAGAGCUUUCAAGGUCGAAUUCAAAACUUUGCAAAAGACUGCCACGAUUUCAAAAAAGAGUUCCCUUCGAACUUUUGCUCCAUUCUUAGGAAAAGAUUCGGUACUCCGGCUUGGCGGGCGGUUGCGACACUCCGCUCUUAGCUACGAUGAGCAACAUCCCGUAAUCGUGCCGCGCGGACAACUCGCUUACCUUCUAAUCGCUCAAGCUCAUAAGAGUACACUCCACGGUGGAGUUCAAAUCGUGCUGCGCACCCUUCGUCAGAAUUAUUGGUUAAUGGGAGGGCGAAACUCCGUCAAGGGAUAUAUAAGACAAUGCAUCCCUUGCGUACGUCACUCGGCUAAACUUUCGAGCCAAUUCAUGGGAGACCUCCCGUCUCCACGCGUCAAUCCGUCGUCUCCAUUUGCUCAUACGGGAGUGGAUUAUGCUGGCCCUUUCUUAGUCACGCCGUUCGUUGGCAGAGGCCAAAAAACCAGAAAAAAUUAUAUAGCUUUGUUCAUCUGCCUCGUCACGAAAGCAAUCCACGUAGAGCUAGUCGAAGACUACUCUAGCGCUGGGUUCCUCGCCGCCUUUCGGCGAUUUGUGAGCCGAAGGGGCUUGCCGUCCAAGCUAUAUAGCGAUAAUGGAACGAACUUCCACGGGGCUGACAAGGAAUUGAACGACGCGUUCAGCGCCUUGAUGAAGGAUUCGUCACUGCACGACAUCCUUGCAAAUGACAAAAUUGAAUGGAACUUCAUUCCGUCUGCGGCUCCUCACUUCGGUGGGCUAUGGGAGGCGGGAAUCAAAAGUCUCAAGUCGCACUUAAAACGAGUCGCCGGUUCGCGAACUCUGUCACAGGCCGAAUUCGCGACGUUAUUAUGCCAAAUCGAGGCGUGCUUAAAUUCUCGUCCGAUCGCGGCAUUAAGCGACGAUCCGAGUGACCUAUCGGCACUCACUCCGGGUCAUUUCCUGAUCGGGCGCCCCAUAAUUGCGAUACCGGAGGAGUCAGUGCUCGAAAGUAAUGCGAAUCGACUAUCGCGAUGGCAGAUGGUCCAUUCUUUAGUCGAACAGAUUUGGCGCUCGUGGUCACAAGACUACUUGCACUCCCUGCAGCAGCGGCGUAAGUGGUCGGAAAAAACGUCUUGUUUUCGCAUAGGAGAACUCGCCUUGUUGAAGAAUCCCUUGCUCCCUCCGAGCAAGUGGAACCUAGCGCGAGUCACGCAGAUUCAUCCCGGCUCGGAUGGACUCGUGCGAGUAGUUACGGUGAGAACUGCGAGCUCGAUCCUGAAACGACCAAUUACGCUACUGUGCCGGCUGCCAAUCAAUAGCAAUAUUUGA